UUGCUGUGAGUGUUUCGCGAGGUGGAUGGGGCACUAAGGGGGUAAUCCGGGGUAAUCCACGAUUCGGUGCCGGCCGCGCGCUCCCCUGCUCCCUUCGUAGCCAUGCCUCGCAAAAUCGAGGAGAUCAAGGACUUCUUGCUCACGGCCCGGCGAAAGGACGCCAAAUCCGUCAAGAUCAAGAAAAAUAAGGACAAUGUGAAGUUCAAAGUUCGGUGCAGCAGAUACCUUUACACCCUGGUCAUCACGGACAAGGAGAAGGCAGAGAAACUGAAGCAGUCCCUGCCCCCAGGUUUGGCAGUGAAGGAGCUGAAGUGAACCUGGUCCACUGAUUUGAACUGUAUUAAAGUUUUAAAAAUUCUUAAAAUGUCCUUUGUCUUUGAGGGUGGGAAGGGAAGUAGUACUUGGUCGUCACUUCUGGUGGGAUCACGAUGGGAGUCCUGGUUGCUACUUUCAUCUCUGAUCUUUGGCUGUGAUCUCAGUGGACAAAUAAAACCAUCCUUUUUCUA